AUGUCGUCCUCAACCCAAGAACGGGCAGGACUUCGACAUCUGCUGAGGAUCAUUUGUCCAAAGUAUAUCACUGCUAAAGAAGCUGAACUAAUUUGCAAUCAAUUUCUCAGCUCGCUUGAGCUUAACCGUCAAGUCCUCUGGAGCGGGAUGCAGCGGGAGAAGGCACAAAAGUGGGCGGAUAGUCACCAGAGCCAGACUCUGACAACGGCUUUGGGUCCUUUGAGAGCGCUAGAGAAGUCGAAGAGAAAGAAAGCAAGGAGCAAGUUCAUGAAAGGCGCGUCAGCCAUAUUCUCGUGGUUUAUAUCUCAAGGCGACAGGGUGGUAAUCCUAUUGCCGCCUCCCCCCGACCAGUUCCACCCUUCCGGCUUGACAAGCCUGCAGGAUUUUGAGAUACCGAUUGUCCAAGGCCUUCUCCGGGACGGCUCCGUGAAAAGAAUUGACGUUGUUCACCCCGAGGCGGAAAGCGAAGAGGCGAGGAAUUCGUCACAUCAGCUUUGGCCCUGUGACGAGACCAAAUCCUGGAUCAAUCGUUUUGGAGUUGGGCGUGGAUCUCGUGCCUGGAGAGGUGUAAAGUCUGGAAUGGGUAUGCUAGAGUAUGACCAUUCGUAGCUGGUUGACGUCAAGGCUGACUAUACUCCAAGAAACACUUGGCAAUAUCUUGCGAGGAAUACAGGCGUGUUCUGAUAGCAAAGCCCAGGUAAUUCUGAAAAAUACCCUGGCGUAUGCUCCGUCGGCAAUGGGCCGAACGGAGGCCAAGUCAGGGAAGAAAAAGAAAAAGAAGAAAAAGAAGAAGACCAAGCUCACACCAUCUGCCUAAAACAACCAAAAACCCGGCAUUGCCACCACCACCAAACUCAAGGCACGAGAAGGGCUCAAAACAGAACAAAAGAAAAAAAGG